AUGCCGGGAAAACUAGGACAAAAGAUCUUAAAGACCUUCGGGAUCGACCACCCACACCACCCCCCCCCGAAUCAGCCACCGCCGCAGCAGCCGCCAACAGACCAUGGAGCUCGCCUACCCGGGAACCGCGUCAUCGAAAACGAUGAGCGCCUGCUGGCUGCCAUCCCCAACGGCACAUACGCAAGACUGGCCCGCAUGAGCGACGGCAGCCUCCUCGGGUCCUUCACCCGCUUCGAGGGCAACCAGCGCCUGCUCCGGGUGACGCGCAGCACCGACGGCGGCCGCACCUUCGAGCCCUGGGGCGAGGUCACCCGGGCCGCGGGCGACUGCGACAACCUGUUCCUGCUGGAGAUCGCGCCCGGGACGGUGCUGGGGGCCUUCCGCAACCACGACAUGAAGCCCGGCGGCGGCUUCACCCACUUCCGCAUCACCGUCUGCCGCUCCACCGACGGCGGGCGGAACUGGUCCUACCUGUCGCAGGCGGCCGAGAAGAACCCGCCCAUGGGCAUCUGGGAGCCCUUCAUGCGCAUGGGCCGCCAGGGCGAGGUGCAACUCUACUACUCGGAAGAGUUCGCCCCGGAGAACCAGUGCACCAUGCUGGUGCGGUCGUUCGACGGCGGCGCUACGUGGACCCCGCCGCAGUGUCUAGGUGGCGAGCGCGACAACUACCGCGACGGCAUGACGAGCAUCGCUGUGGCGCACGAUCGCGGCCGCGAGGUGCUCGUGCUCGUCUUCGAGACCACCACCCACCGCGCCUUCAGCAUCGAGAGUAUGCUCUCCUACGACGACGGCCAGACCUGGGGCUGGCGCCACGAGGUCUACCGCUCGCACAAGUCUGGCCGCCACGCCGGCUCCCCCGGUAUCGCUACCUUCGCUGACGGUUCCCUGGCCGUUGUCUUCAUGACGGAUGAGGACUGGCCCAAUCCGCACUGGCAUCACAACGCCUCUAUCAAGGUGCUGUUUGGCGGGCCCCCGCAGGAUGGCCGCAUCUUCUGGACACGGCCCACUGUCCUCUGCCCUGAGGCUAGCCACUGGCCGGGCAUCCAGGCCGUCGACGGCCAUACCCUUCUGGGAACAUAUGAGUGCGGAGGCGCCCCCAAGGCGAAGGCCAUUACCCUGGACAUGCAACAGGAACAGUCGGGUUGA